UUGAGGGAUCCAGUGACUAUUCCAUGUGGACAUAAUUUCUGUAUGAAGUGCAUUAAGGGCUGCUGGGAUCAGGAGGAUAGUAAAGGAGAAUACAGCUGCCCCCUGUGCAAAGACACCUUCGACUCCAGGCCUGUCCUCCGCAAAAACCCUCUGAUUGCUGAAAUGGUGGAGAAGUUCAGGAAGACCAGCAUCCAAACCGCAGCUCCUGCUCGCUGUUAUGCCGAACCUGGAGAUGUGGCGUGCGACGUCUGCACCGGGAGAAAACUCAAAGCUGUCAAGUCCUGUCUGGAGUGUUUGGUAUCUUACUGUGGCGCUCAUAUAAAAGUUCAUGAUGAAGCUAUCCCAGGUAGAAAUCACACCAUGGUCGAUGCCACAGGCCACCUACAGGAGAGGAUCUGCCCCCGUCAUAAGAAGGUUUUAGAAAUAUUCUGUCGCACUGACCAGAGCUGCAUCUGCUACCUGUGUAUGGUGGAUAAUCAUAAAGGCCACGACAUGAUUGCGGCUACAGCAGAGUGGAGUCAUAAAAAGGAUGGUUUGGGUAACAGCCAGAGGAGAUGCCAGCAGAUAAUCCAGUUGAAGGAGAAGGAGCUGCAGGAGCUGAGGAAGGCUGUGGAGACUCUCAAGUCUGGUGCACAGACAGCAGUGGAGGAGAGUGAGAGGAUGUUUACAGAGAUGAUCAGCUCCAUUGAGAGAAGGCGCUCUGAGGUGACAGAGAUGAUCAGAGCUCAGGAGAAGGCUGAGGUGAGUCGAGCUGAAGGACUCCUGAAGCGACUGGAGCAGGAGAUUGCUGAGCUGAAGAGGACAGAUGCUGAGAUGAAGCAGCUUUCACUGACACAGGAUCCCAUCCAUUUCCUCAAGAACAUUGUGUCCAUCACUGGGAGGCCUUACAGCACAACUUCAUCCAGCGUGACUUUCAGCCAAAGCUUCUCCUUGGAGCCACUGAAGAAAUCUCUGUCUGCACUGGAGGAGAAAUUAGAUCCAGUCUUCAAGCAGGAAAUAGUCAAGAUAUCUGCAGUGACCAGAGAGGACUUCUUACAGUAUUCCUGUCACUUCACUCUGGAUCCAAACACAGCACACAGAUUCCUCCAUCUGUCUGAGGGGAACAGGAGGGUGGAGUGUAGAGAUGAGGACCCUCCAUCAUAUCCUGAUCAUCCAGACAGAUUUGAUAUGUGUCCUCAGGUGCUGUGUAGAGAGGGUGUGUCUGCACGCUGCUACUGGGAGGUUGAGAGGAGUAGAGGUGUUGGUAUAGCAGUGUCAUAUAAAAGUAUCAGCAGGAAAGGAAGGGGUUUGGAGUGUUUGUUUGGAGGUAAUGAUCAGUCCUGGAAGCUGGACCUCCACAGCUCCAGCUCCUCUGUCAGACACACUAAUAAAAAGACUGAACUCCCUCAAGUGACCAGCUCCAGAGUAGGAGUGUAUGUGGAUCACAGGGCAGGAACUCUGGCCUUCUACAGCAUCUCUGGAGACACAAUGACCCUCCUGCACAGAGUCCACACCACAUUCACACACCCGCUCUACCCUGGGUUUGCGUUGGGUGAGGGAUCAUCAGUGCAGCUGUUGUGA